GGCAGAACCACCGUUCAAGUACAAGAACAAGAAAACGACGAAGUAGCGGAAGUGACGUAAUGUUUGAAGUCAACGCAGGGGAAUGAAUAAUCUUGCUGCGAUUUGUGUCUUUGGACAGCCCGGAAAACCUGCUAGGCGGUGAUGUUGUGAUAAAUUAAGAAAAGCGUUCCUAUCUCACGACAGGAAUGCAGGGUGGAGAGUAUGGAGAGCUCGGGGGCAGCCUCCCUGCCAUCGCCUCCCUGAACGCCUCCUACUCCACGUCGCUGUCCAUCCCGUCGCCGUACAUGCUGUUGCCUCCUGCGAAGCUCAAAGCCAUCUCGGACGUGCGCCGCACCUUCUGCCUCUUUGUGACGUUCGACUUCCUCUUCGUCUCACUGCUGUGGAUUAUAGAGCUGAACAUUCAUACUUCUGACUCAAUCUGGGACUGUCUAAAAAAAGAAGUUGUGGAAUACAGCUUUCAGUCUUCCUUCUUUGACAUCGCUCUCCUUGCUUUGUUCCGUUUCUUGUGCCUACAAGUGGGUUACGCAGCGUUCCGGCUGAGGCAUUGGUGGGUCAUCGCGGUUACCACUCUUGUCACCACCGUCUUUUUGGUUGUAAAGGUCAUCAUAUCUAAUCAGCUGUUCUCCCACAAUGCCUUUGACUACGUUCUGCCCAUCGCCUCCUUCGUGGUGGCGUGGUUGGAGACGUGGUUCCUCGACUUUAAGGUUCUCACUCAGGAAGCCGAAGAUGAAAGAGCCUACCUAGCAGCGGUGAACGCAGCCUGCGAGCGAGCCCCCAUGAUUUACCCCCGCGCCGUUUCCGACGGGCAGUUCUACUCCCCGCCGGAAUCGAUCGCAGGUUCUGAGGAGGAGCUGGAUGAGGAGGGUCUGGGGCGUAAAGCGGUCACCGCUCAGGAGAAGGAGUACGUCAGACAAGGGAAGGAGGCCAUGUCUGUGGUGGAGCAGAUCCUCAACCAGGAGGAAAACUGGAAAUUUGAGAAAAACAACGAGAUGGGAGACUCCGUCUACACCCUGGAGAUCCCUUACCACGGAAAAACUUUUAUUUUGAAGGCUUUGAUGCAGUGUCCGGCGGAGCUGGUGUACCAGGAGGUGAUUCUGCAGCCGGAGAAGAUGGUUCAGUGGAACAGAACCGUCUCCGUCUGCCAGAUCCUUCAGAGGGUGGACGACAACACCUUGGUGUCCUACGACGUCUCUGCUGGAGCUGCAGGAGGCGUCGUGUCUCCCAGGGAUUUUGUGAAUGUUCGGCGAGUGGAGCGCAAACGAGACUGCUACCUGUCUGCCGGAAUGGCGACCAACCACGACCUAAAGCCUCCUGUCGGCCGCUACGUCAGAGGAGAAAACGGUCCAGGAGGCUUUGUGGUCCUCAAAUCGAGCAGUAACCUGUCUGUCUGCACCUUCAUCUGGGUCCUCAACACAGACCUGAAGGGUCGUUUGCCGCGCUACCUCAUCAACCAGAGCCUGGCAGCCACCAUGUUCGAGUUCAUGUCACAUCUUCGACAGCGCAUGGCGGAGAUGCGGCCCUCCCUGCGCUCCCAACACCCCCUCUGAGGUGGGCCGCGGGAGAGGGGACGCUUAUUUUUGGAACUCCUAAAAGCAUCGCCAUGGCGAUGGAAAUCACAGAGACCUUUAUCAAAUGUCAGUCAGCCAUGGAGUAUAAUCCUGUUAGGAAAAAGACAAACUUUUUUUUGUAUUUUAUCAACAUUUUUUUGAUUUUGUGGACCUGUGACUGUUUGAUUUGAGGACAUCUCCUUGAGAAACAGCUGAGCCUUACAUUAAACGCAUGUGACCAUUUUCAUAUAUUUGCUGCUAUUUUAACGUCAGCAUUCGCCUCUACGUGUCUCACCUGCCUUCAGACGCCGGGUUUGUCGGCUGCUCUCCUCUGCACUGUGACGAGCCAGGCCGGUGCACUGCUCUCUGCUCACCACUAGAGGGAGCCACCACUGAUCCAAAGGGGCAAGGUCUAUCAGAUGAAGGGUGAAUUUGGAGUUGUGCCCAUUUGAAGUGAUCAAAGAACAUUCAGUUCAGAAGAUUCAAACUGAUACUGUCUUCUGUGCCAUUAACCUCAAUCGUGGCCUGCUCAAUAACCCAUAAUUGCCAGAUUUUCCUUCAGGCUUUAGAAGUGAUACGGAAUCAAAAGUGGCUUUCUAACAUCGAGUUACGGCGGGGGAAAAAAGCCUCCAGCUCGACAUCAUUACUGCCGUGAUAUAACUCGCAUCUGUUUGUAAAAACUGAGGUUUGGGCUUUCGUUCAGGUUUCUGGCUUGAACCCGACUCGGAUUUGUUUUUGUUUGCAGUUUUUCAGAUUACGUGAUAUCAAUGUGGUUCAGAGAACCUGUUACUGAGAUUAACCAGUUGAGGUCCGAUUAGGUUAGACAGGAACACGGAGUAGAGAUCUGAAAAACAAUUGCCUUUAUUGCUGUAAGAAGGAACAAGCCUGCUUUUUUUGUUCUGUAAUUAGCACUUAAUUUGUGUGCAAUAACUUGUUGAUCAUUUUGAUAUCAAUACACCUGACCAACAGUUCCUACAAACUCUUAACCAGUGUCUUAUUUUGGAAUAAAAUGUAAGAAUUCCUGAUGCUA